AUGCCCCCGCAGCAGGGCGGCCCCGCGCUCCCCGGCCGCUGCGAGGCGCCGCCGGUGCCGCCCCGCCGGGAGCGCGGGGCGCGCGGGGCGCGGGGCGCGGGGGGCGCCCGGGGCCGCGCCAUCAAGUGCGUGCUGGUGGGCGACGGCGCGGUGGGCAAGACCAGCCUGGUGGUGAGCUACACCACCAACGGCUACCCCACCGAGUACGUGCCCACCGCCUUCGACAACUUCUCCGCCGUGGUGUCCGUGGACGGGCAGCCUGUGAGACUCCAGCUCUGUGACACGGCGGGACAGGACGAGUUCGACCGGCUGCGGCCCCUGUGCUACACCCACGCAGACGCCUUCCUGCUGUGCUUCAGCGUGGUCAGCCCGACCUCCUUCCAGAACGUGACGGAGAAGUGGGUGCCCGAGGUCCGGCGCCACUGCCCCCGGGCGCCCGUGCUGCUGGUGGGCACGCAGUCGGACCUGAGGGAGGACGUCAAGGUGCUCAUCGAGCUGGACAAGGCCAAGGAGAAGCCGGUGCCCGAGGAGGCGGCCCGGCUGUGCGCCGAGCAGGUCAAGGCGGCCGCCUACAUCGAGUGCUCGGCGCUCACCCAGAAGAACCUCAAGGAGGUCUUUGACGCGGCCAUCGUGGCCGGCAUCCAGCACUCGGACGCCCAGCAGCAGCAGCAGCAGCAGCCGCCGCAGCCGCCCCCCAAGAAGCCCAAAAGCAGGACUCCGGACAAAAUGCGGACCCUGUCCAAGUCCUGGUGGAAGAAGUACUGCUGCUUCGUAUGA